AUGGUGAAUCUGAUGUUGGCUGGCAAUAAACUUUCAGGUCGUGUGCCUUCAGAGUUGAAAUCAUUGAUUGAUCUAGCAUAUCUUGAUCUCUCAGCAAACGAAUUCAAUGAUUCAAUUCCAAGCUUUCUGGGUGACUUUCUAGAGUUACACUACUUGAAUUUGAGCCACAACAAGUUUGGUCAGAUACCAUCGAAUAUUAGCAAAAUGCAGAGUUUAGAAAUACUUAAUAUAUCCCACAACAAUCUUUCUGGUUUCAUUCCAACAAGUAUGGAAGACAUGCAUGGGCUAGCGUAUAUUGACAUAUCCUACAACCACUUGGAAGGUCCAAUUCCCAACAUCAAAGCAUUUCAAACUGCUUCUCGAGAAGCAUUGCGAGGGAACAAGGAAAUUUCUUUUUCGAUAUUGAAGUUUGAUGGAAAGUCAAUGUUUGAAGAAAUCAUGAGGGCGACAGAAAAUUUUGAUCCCACAUAUUGCAUAGGGCAAGGAGAACAAGGAAGCGUCUACAAAGCAACUUUGUCAAAUGGUGACACAGUAGCCAUGAAGAAACUCCAUCUUCUAUGCGCUGAUGAUGAGAAUUUUCAAAAGGAAUUCGUGAAUGAAAUCAGGGCACUAACUGAGAUGCGACACCGAAAUAUUGUGAAGCUUUAUGGUUUCUGUUCACAUAGGCGACACUCGUUUUUGGUGUAUGAGUAUCUUGAAAAGGGUAGUUUGGCAGCAGUAUUGAGCAAAGAUGAGGAAGCUAAAGAAUUGGGGUGGAGUAAAAGAGUGACUAUUGUUAAAGGUGUAGCUCAUGCUUUGUGCUACAUGCACCAUGAUUGCUUGCCACCAAUUGUGCACCGGGACAUAUCGAGCAAAAACAUUUUGCUUAAUUCCGAAUAUGGGGGAUGUGUUUCAGACUUCGGCACUGCUAAGUUCUUAAACCCGGACUCAGCGAAUUGGACUGCACUUGCAGGCACAUACGGAUAUGUUGCACCAGAGCUUGCAUAUACAAUGGAAGUAAAUGAGAAGUGUGAUGUUUUUAGCUUUGGAGUGUUGGCAUUAGAGAUAGUUAUGGGAAGACAUCCUGGAGAUCUUCUCUCAUCUCUAUCAUCAGGGUCGUCGUCAGCAUCAUCGUCAACUGCCUUACUAGUCCAUCCAAUGCUAGUUGUCGAUGUUUUGGACCAACGCAUUUCUCCUCCGACACAUCAAGUUACAGAGGAAGUUCUCUCGCUUAUGAAGAUAGCAUUUGCAUGCGUAAAUUCUUGUUCUCUAUUUCGUCCAACAAUGAAACAUGUUUCUCAACAAUUUGAAAGUCUUCAGAGGCUGCAUUUGUCAAAGUCUUCAGACACGUUGUAA